AUGGAAGAGGUCACAUGCAACAUCAUCAAGACUAAUGUGAUUUUCAAGAUAGAAUAGAGAUUUUAAUUUCACACAUGAAGUAAAUAUUGAUUUAUAGACUAAAUCAAAUUGUUGUCCUUUCUCGCAGUGCAAAAAGAAUGGUGUUCAGUAUCUGAGUUGUUCUGGCAGCUCGAAGCCACACAUCAUUAACAUAUAGAUCAUCCUGACCUCACCGUCUCUCACUCCAAUGGGCUUUUCAACAUGUAUAUUUAAUUCACCUGGCUCACUGGCCAGUAUGCGUGUGCUUGCAUGUGCAUAUGUGUGUGGGUGUACGUACGUACGUGCACGAUGCGUGUGUGUGUGUCUGUGCUUAUGCGUGUGUGUGUGUGUAUGUGUGUGUGUGCACUAAGUCAGGACUGAGCACCUCUCCUAAGAGAAGGAAACAGAAACAGAUGUUCAGAAUGGCAGAUGACACAACUUAGAGACACACAACUUAGAGACCACACAAUUUAGAGCCACACAAUUUAGUGACCCACACAACUUAGAGACCACACAAUUUAGAGACCACACAACUUAGAGACACACAACUUAGAGACCACAUAUACAAUGAUGAGGCACAAUGAAGUGCUUGCAUGUGCAUAUGUGUGUGGGUGUACGUACGUACGUGCACGAUGCGUGUGUGUGUCUCUGUGCUUAUGCGUGUGUGUGUGUGUGUGUGUGUGUGUGUGUGUGUGUGUGUGUGCACUAAGUCAGGACUGAGCACCUCUCCUCAGAGAAGAGGAUGUUCACAGAAACAGAUGUUCAGAAUGGCAGAUGACACAACUUAGAGACCAGACAACUUAAAGACCACACAACUUAGAGACAACACAACUUAGAGACCACACAAUUUAGAGACCACCAACUUAGAGACCAGACAACUUAGAGCCAGACAACUUAGAGCCAGACAACUUAGAGACCACACAACUUAGAGCCAGACAACUUAGAGACCACACAACUUAGAAAACCACACAAUUUAGUGACCCACACAAUUUAGAGGCCACACAAUUUCGAGCCCACACAACUUAGAGACACACAACUUAGAGACCACAUAUACUAUGAUGAGGCACAAUGAAGACUUAGUGACUUCUUCAUACUGGUGAAUAAUUUACACAAGCUUCUUAGUGAAGACAGCCUGGUUCAGACUGGAGUAGACCAGCUUCUUAGUGAGGACAGCCUGGUUCAGACUGCAGUAGACCAGCUUCUUAGUGAAGACAGCCUGGUUCAGACUGGAGUAGACCAGCUUCUUAGUGAGGACAGCCUGGUUCAGACUGCAGUAGACCAGCUUCUUAGUGAAGACAGCCUGGUUCAGACUGGAGUAGACCAGCUUCUUAGUGAGGACAGCCUGGUUCAGACUGGAGUAGACCAGCUUCUUAAUGAGGACAGCUUGAUUCAGACUGCAGUAGACCAGCUUCUUAGUGAGGACAGCCUGGUUCAGACUGGAGUAGACCAGCUUCUUAGUGAGGACAGCUUGAUUCAGACUGCAGUAGACCAGCUUCUUAGUGAGGACAGCUUGAUUCAGACUGCAGUAGACCAGCUUCUUAGUGAGGACAGCCUGGUUCAGACUGGAGUAGACCAGCUUCUUAGUGAGGACAGCUUGAUUCAGACUGGAGUAGACCAGCUUCUUAGUGAGGACAGCUUGAUUCAGACUGCAGUAGACCAGCUUCUUAGUGAGGACAGCCUGGUUCAGACUGGAGUAGACCAGCUUCUUAGUGAGGACAGCCUGGUUCAGACUGGAGUAGACCAGCUUCUUAGUGACGACAGCUUGAUUCAAACUGCAGUAGACCAGCUUCUUAGUGAGGACAACCUGGUUCAGACUGGAGUAGACCAACUUCUUAGUGAGGACAGCCUUGAUAAAACUGCAGUAGACCAGCUUCUUAGAGAGGACAGCCUGGUUCAGACUGGAGUAGACUGA